UGCACCGUUGUCAUGGAAUUAUGUGACGCUACGCGCCAGUUAGCGCAAAGGGUUGCUUUGGAGACGCGCAUGCGCAUAAAGAGUUGACGGGAGGCGAGAGGAUGAAGCGUGUAUUUUCGUUAACGGAAAAGAGCUUGCUGGGAUAUCCAAUCCAUUAUGCCUGGCAGAGGAAUUUAGGAAACUACAUUGCAGUUACAGGUGUUGACCAUACUGUUAAAAUAUAUGAUCGCCAUGGACAAAAGAAAGAUGAAAUUAAUUUACCUGGAGUGUGCUUUGCUUUGGACUGGGAUAAAGAUGGAAAUGCGCUGGCUAUGGUUGCUGAUAAAUCUAGCUCCAUUUACAUGUGGGAUCCCAAUACUUGCAAAACCAGCCAAUUAGACAGCGGUAUGAGAGAUCAGAUGUCUUUCUUACUGUGGUCAAAGGCUGGGUCAUUGCUAGCUGUUGGGACAUCCAAAGGAAGUUUGUUGAUUUAUAACCUCCAAACCUCUCGCAAAGUGCCUGUGCUUGGUAAGCACACAAAGCGGGUCACAUGCGGGUGCUGGAGCUCACAAAAUUUGCUAGCACUUGGCAGUGAGGACAAAAUGAUAACUGUAAGCAACCAGGAGGGAGACACAAUUCGACAGACCUCCGUGAGGAUGGAUCCCAGUGAUAUCCAGUUUUCAGUUAUGAAGACUGAUGAGCGAGCAUCAGCAGGCGAAAGCACAGUAAGUGUUGUUGUAGGGAGGAAAACCUUGUUUCUCUUCAACCUGAAUGAUCCAGAUAACCCUAUAGAACUGGCUUUCCAGCCUCGCUAUGGCACUAUUGUGUCCCACAAAUGGUACGGGGACGGAUAUAUCAUGAUUGGCUUCUCUCAUGGAUUCUUUGUUGUGAUCUCCACACACAUGCGUGAAAUUGGCCAAGAGUUAUUCCAGGCCCAUAACCACAAGGACAGCCUAACAAGCAUUGCCAUUUCACAGUCAUUGGGCAAAGCAGCUUCCUGUGGGGACAAUGUCAUCAAAAUCCAUGACUUGACUGAACUUAAAGAAAUGUAUGCCAUCAUAAACCUGGAUGAUGAAACUAAAGGUUUAGACACCCUUUCUUGGACGGAUGAUGGCCAGUUGUUAGCUGUAUCUACACAGAGAGGGUCCCUCAAUGUUUUCUUAACAAAACUUCCAGUUCUUGGGGAUACCUGUGGUACUAAAAUUGCAUAUCUCACCUCUCUGCUUGAGGUCACCGUGGCCAACAAUGUGGAUGGAGAGUUACCCAUAACAGUUUCUGUGGAAGUGGAACCCAAUUUUGUUGCGGUUGGGCAAUAUCAUUUAGCUGUUGGCAUGAACAACAGAGCUUGGUUCUAUGCACUUACACCAAAUGGUGUAGAAAAGCUGAUGGACAUGGAAUACCUGGGAUCAGUCGCCAACAUGUGCUUGAAUUCUGAUUAUGCUGCUGCACUUUUUGAGGGAAAAGUACAGCUUCAUGUGAUAGAGAAUAAAGAUGAGGAUGCUCAAGAAGAGAGGGAAACCAGACUUUUUCCAGCAUCCGAUGAUAAAUGCAGAAUUCUUUGCCAUGCUUUGACUGGAGAUUUCUUGAUUUAUGCAACAAAUACUGGGCUCAUUAAGUUUUUCUACUUGGAAGACUGGCAGUAUGUAAACGAAUACCGGCAUUCUGUAAGCAUACGGAAAAUCUUUCCUGAUGCCACUGGCACCACAUUGGUUUUGAUUGAUGAGAAAACGGAAGGCUUUGUGUACUGCCCGCUGAAUGAUAAUCUGUAUGAGAUUCCAAAUUUUUCCCCAACCAUUAAAGGAAUUUUAUGGGAAAACUGGAGAAUGGACAGGAGUGUCUUUGUUGCCUAUGAUGACGAUAAAUUGUACACUUACGUCUUUCAUAAGGACACCAUACAAGGAUCAAAGGUUAUUUUUGCUGGGGGAACCAAGCUACCAUUCUCACAUAAGCCAGUUCUUCUACACAAUGGAGACUUAACCUGUCAGACUCAGAGCGGCAAAUUAAACAACAUAAAUUUGAGCACCCAUAGCUUUCUUGGCAGUACAGGAGAUGCAGGGGCCACUGAGCUGAAACAAAUGUUGACCCAGGCUUUAAUGCUGCGAAGAUUUUCUGAUGCUUGGGACCUGUGCAAGACGUUAAAUGACCAGUUAGGUUGGAAUGAGCUGGCCAGAGCUUGUCUGCACCAUAUGGAAGUUGAGUUUGCAAUCCGAGUCUAUAGAACCAUUGGAAACGUGGGCAUGGUAAUGUCCCUUGAACAGAUUAAGGGCAUCGAAGAUCACAACCUUUUAGCUGGACAUCUUGCUAUGUUUGCCGGUGACUUCAACCUUGCUCAGGAUCUCUAUCUGGCAUCAGGUUCUCCUGCAGCUGCUUUAGAGAUGAGACGAGAUUUGCAGCAUUGGGACAGUGCCCUGCAGCUAGCUAAGCGCUUGGCUCCUGACCAGAUUCCAUUCAUUUCAAAGGAGUAUGCCAUGCAGCUGGAAUUCACGGGUGAUUAUGUAAAUGCACUUGCUCACUAUGAAAAAGGAAUUACAGGGGAUAACAAGUUUCAGGAACAUGAUGAAACGUGUCUGGCUGGAGUAGCUCGCAUGUCUAUUCGCAUGGGAGAUAUUCGCCGUGGGGUUAACCAAGCUCUCAAGCACCCCAGCAGAUCCCUGAAGAAAGACUGUGGAGCCAUUUUGGAAAGUAUGAAGCAACUGACAGAAGCAGCCCAGCUGUAUGAGAAGGGACAGUACUUUGACAAAGCAGCCUCUGUGUACAUUCGAUGCAAGAAUUGGGCAAAGGUUGGGGAAUUGCUUCCACACGUAUCAUCUCCUAAGAUCCACUUGCAGUAUGCAAAGGCAAAGGAGGCAGAUGGAAAGUAUAAAGAGGCUGUUUUUGCUUAUGAAAAUGCCAAAGACUGGGAUAAUGUAAUCCGUAUUUCCUUAGACCAUUUAAACAACCCUGAGAAAGCAGUGAGUAUAGUGAAAGAGACACAGUCGCUUGAAGGAGCCAAGAUGGUCGCCAGGUUCUUUCUGAGGCUUGGUGAUUAUGGUUCUGCUAUCCAGUUUUUAGUCCUGUCUAAAUGCAAUGAUGAGGCUUUUCAACUGGCACAACAGCACAACCAGAUGGAGAUUUAUGCUGAUAUUAUUGGAUCUGAAAACACCAGUAAUGAAGAUUAUCAGAGUAUUGCUUUAUACUUUGAGGGAGAGAAGAAGCAUUUCCAGGCUGGGAAAUUUUUUUUGCUAUGUGGACAAUAUCAGCGGGCUCUGCAGCACUUUAUAAAAUGUCCAAUAACAGAGGAUAAUCUGGCCAUUGAAAUGGCAAUAGAAACGGUUGGACGGGCAAAAGAUGACCUCCUGACCACUCAGCUCAUAGACUUUCUUAUGGGGGAGAAGGAUGGUAUGCCUAAGGAUGCCAAAUAUCUUUUCCGUUUGUACAUGGCACUUAAGCAAUACAGGGAGGCUGCCAGGACUGCAAUCAUUAUUGCCAGAGAAGAACAGUCAGCAGGGAAUUAUCGCAAUGCACACGAUGUGCUAUUCAGCAUGUACACUGAACUAAAAGCACAGAAAAUAAAAAUCCCAUCAGAAAUGGCCACCAACCUAAUGAUACUGCACAGCUAUAUUUUAGUCAAGAUCCAUGUUAAACGUGGCGACCACAUGAAAGGUGCUAGAAUGCUGAUUCGAGUUGCCAAUAAUAUUAGCAAAUUUCCUUCACACAUUGUACCAAUCCUCACCUCCACAGUGAUUGAGUGCCACAGGGCAGGGCUGAAGAAUUCUGCAUUUAGUUUUGCCGCCAUGCUCAUGAGGCCAGAGUACCGCAACAAAAUAGAUAUUAAGUACAAGAAAAAGAUUGAAGCAAUGGUGCGGCGUCAUGAUUCCACAGAGAUAGAAGAGGAAAACACCCCGUGUCCAUUUUGUAGUUUCCAACUUCCAGAAUGUGAACUUCUCUGCCCUGGCUGCAAGAAUAACCUCCCUUACUGUAUAGCAACUGGUCGGCACAUGGUUAAAGAGAACUGGUGCGUCUGUGCUCAUUGUGGAUUUUCAGCCCUGCACUCAGAGUUCAUAUCGCUGCUAGAAACGGAAACAACUUGUCCCAUGUGCUCAGAACCCUUGUCUGCCAACCAGCUGAAGAGAGUGGAGGAUUGUACCGAGUACCUCAAGCAGGAACAGGAGGAAUAAUACUCUAUUGCUUCUUGUGCUUCGAGUACAGGCCGGGCUGCUAUAAGAAAUAUUCACAGAUUAUUUUUUAAAGAGGAGUUGAGAAAAAAGGAAAAUGUAAAUAUAUUUUCAGAUAAAGGGAUUUUUGUAAACAAGUUUAUUAUAAAUGAAUGGUUUAAAUACUGAAUGUUAAAUUUACGUUUAUUUGCUUUGGUUUGUGUUUCACAAAAAUGCAUUAAAAUCUCUUGGGAUAAA